CAGAACGGAAUUGACGGAUUACUCGCAAGUUCUGCAAGCUGAACUGGACGGAGCGGUAAUGUCGAUAAUGUUCGACUUCGAUGAAUGCGUGGACCCGACUGGCCAACUCGAUCUUUCUGGUUCCACCUUUGGGGCUUACUUCCAGGACCUCGCCAUUUUUUAUAAUGAAGGCCUGGGAGAAAUGAUAUCCGGUUCCGCAUUUGCGAUGACAAGCGAUCCCGUCAGCCUCACCGCCUACGUCUACUACGGAACGGCCAUCACACCGAGCAACAACGCCACCAUCUUCCCAGGCUACUGGCACUUCAACGAAAACGGCGAAUGGGUGAACGACUACGACGGCGCGAUAUUGGAAUGCUCCCUCGGCGGGGGUGUCACGAUCAUCAGGGAGGCAUGAGAGUCCAUUAAAAUCCUUUUCGUUCAUUUAUUCAUCCCGCCAAUAUCCGAUAAGAUUUCCUUCUCUAAUUCAUUCUGAGAAUAGGCGGU